CAGUACAACCAGGUCCCAGGCCAGCAGUACAGCCAGGUCCCAGGCCUGCAGUACAGCCAGGUCCCAGGAUGCCGAGGAUGCACCGUACAGUCCAGCCUAAAGGAUCCCUUGUGGUAGAGCCAAGACUCCCCAUUCCUACCGGUGUACCACAUGUGAGCACACUGACACAUGGAGUUGCCCAGAUGACCCAUGUGUGUAGCAGGCAUCCUGGCAUGUUAGUGCAGUGGAUAGACAUAGCCAGCAGGGCAGGCCUCUGUACUAAAUGCAUGGAGGGCAAGGCUGUACAAAGCAGAUCCACUAUUGUACCAUACAGACCAUGGCCAGUACAACUGAUGGCAGAACCAAGUCAUGGCCAGAACACUAUACAGACCUGUCAGAAACAUCUAGGGUUGCCACAGGUUUGGUACAGUAAGGUGCAGAACAAGCUGCUGUGCUCCAAGUGUUGUGAUGAAGGUGCUGCUACAGAAGGGGUCCUGUCCUACGGAGGGAUCCACAACGAGCUGUGGGGAAGCUACAAACAGCUGAAGGCGUGGGAAGAGCGAGCCAAGGUCGCCACACAACUGAUCAGCAACACGCAGGAACAUCUAGAAACGAACAUCCGAGAGUUGAGAGGCAGUGUGAGGGUGUGUCUGAGACACAUUCUGUCAGAAGUGGUGACGAAGCUGAAGAAACGGGAGGAAUCUCUGAUGAUCCAGGCCAGCAGGGAGUUCACUCAUCAACAGCAGGAACUUAGACGGCUACAGAGUGCCGUGGAGGCAUCUCAGCAAGCUAGCUUGUUGACACAGCAACUGGUGUCCCAGACCAUGUUGUUGGGACCAAGUAACCAGAAGUUUGGUGAGUUGAUGGAGAAGGUUCAGGAUGAGAUGGAGAAGGCAGCAGCAGCAGACAGGCUGGUCCCUACUCAGGUCACCUUCCCUACACUCCCUCCCUUCAACCUGGACCAAGGACCUGUAAACGAAAUGUUGCUGAUGGUGGACAGCCUUGGCAGCUGUAGUCUUCAGCCGCCCCCAGCUGCCCCCCAGCUGCUGAUGCACACACAAGGUCCACAGGUGCUCCUGAGGUGGAGGUGGCUAUCAGGUGGUGCGGCAGGUGCAGGCAGGUGUGAGUUUGAGCUGCAGUGUGCCAUCUUACCCAUCAUGGUGUCCAGGAUACAUAAUCAAGGGCACAAAUCUGCAACAGUGUCAACCUCCAGUCAAGCAGAGGUGAGCACUCCCAACCAGCAAACAGUCGAGGAUCCGAACAAGACAUCACAGGAUGGUGUAACAGUGCAGACAAUACAAACAGCUAACAUGGGUAGUCUGGGUGAACCAAGUAAAGAAGGUACUGAUAAAGACAGUAAGACGGUAGAGGAACUGAACACCCAACUGGGAAAAGGUGCCACUGCAACUCCAACACCCUCUACACCACACGGACGUGUUAACACACUACCUACCAUAGUUACACCUGUUCAUCAAGGUAUUACUGCAGCACAUUAUACCUGUGAGAAAACAAUGACUGAUGUCAUAGCAGAAACCAUUGAAGCUUGCCUUGCCGAGAAGUCAGAACCUGUGGCCAUCAGGCAACCAGACUGCAGAGAAAAGGAGACAGUUUCUAACAAAGAACCAACUCUAGUGUUGAAGUUGAAGAGACAACAGCAGAGUCAUGUUGAUAAACAAUCACCGGAAGUAUGGAAGAUAGACUCAAGUACAGUUAAUAAGGACACAUCUGGAGCCAGGGGUGCAGAGGAGCGUGGAGUUACUGUGGUGAGAGAGAAGGACGGAGACAAAGAUGCCGUUGCAGAGAUGGAAAUGCCAAACAGGAAAGGAGCCUUACCAUGCACCUGUAGUGACUUGUCAGCCAUCAGUAUCUGUCCUGCUCACUUCCAGCUGCACCUGAGUUCUGACGAGGCUUCAUCUAGGUCAUCAGACAGUCCUGUGCAGCCAUGUGUACCAUCAAAUCAAACUACAACAACUGCAUCAGUGUCUUUUCUUUACAAAGAGCAAAUUGCUGGCUCAGGAAACAGUCCCUGUAUGAAUGGCACCCUUGAAGAAACAAAGAAGAUAACAGAGGAUACCACACAUGUAGAACAGACUUCUCAUGACACAAACAAUGCUGAGCCAACAGAUGGUAGCUGUAACAGGAAGUCACAUGAGUCAAAGAAUGAUCCAUCAACUAGAACAUGUGAUGAUGAUGUUGUCUUGAUGGAAACGACUCAGCCCAAUACAAAUCAGCAAGUGAGUCCACCAAGGAGUGUCCCACAGCCAAUGGAGUCUGUCAGGGUUGUGUUCACAGGAGAGGACAAUGGGUACAGCAGCUACAGACUGGAGUGUGGUGAUCCCAGCACAACCAGUGGGAAAUGUAGUGAAACACUCAGCACAACAUGUACUACAGUGGGCAUAACAAGUGACCCUAGCUUAUCAUCCAAUCCCUUUCAUGUUUUGAUGCCCAAUAAUGCCAAAGAGACAGUUGGAGGGCAACACGGAGUAUCUGAGGUACGCAGGGAAAAGGUCAGGCACACAGAUAGUCAGGACAUUCACACUGGGAAUACAGCAAGCAAAGACAACAGCUGUACUGAACAACUCCUGAUUGCAUCUGGAAGACAUGCAACAUCAGUUCCCAAAGGCUCCAUCCAAACCAGCACUGUUCCAAGUAGAGACAACAGUAGUGUUGAACCAGGUGAACAGCAGAACCUGGCAUUUGGCAGAGAUGGAACAAACAUUCCUUAUGUUGCCCUCCAAACAACUACUGUAGCAAGUCAGGAAGACCCUAGAUCUGAACAGCAGACAAGGCCCACUCUUUCCAAUGGUACAAAUCAGAGUGGUGAUAAAACUCCAACUGAUAAGCCACAGCCAUCCACACCUGCAGUUACUGCUCCUCCUGGUUCAAACACUGGACCACACAGUCAAGACUCCAGGCCUGAAGAACAGACAACCGAGACCACCAAACAGACAUCAUCAGUCCCCAAUCGUUCUUUCCGCACGAUCUACAUCGGACCUGCCUUCCAGCACUCACUACUGGUUGAGACAUCUGGAGUUGUGUAUGUAUUCCGGGUGAGGGCCAGUAAUGCUGGUGGCUGUGGACCAUGGAGUAAUGCUGUACAACAUACAUACAGCAUGUCCAGACACCCACGGCAAGGGAAGAAAGCAGUUGAAAGGGGAACGCAGACUCCUGAGUUGUUAGCACACCUCGGGUCCCCCAGAAAAUCUCCUGCUCAACAGAAGGGCUGGGGCAAAAGGAAGACUAUUCUCUUAGAUACUUCCAACUCCAAAAUGUCCAAGAUGGACGCCCCAAACCCUGCCAUGUCAAGUGGAAAGAGUGGAGGGUUCCACAGUCGGAUGCACGAGAGAUUGUUGGUCAGAGCGAACAUGCAAGAUUCUCCCAAGACAAAAAAGUCAAGGCCAAGUGAGAGCAAAGCAAAAGAUCCUCCACAAUCAAACAGCAAUGCUAGAAAGAAUAGAAGCACCCCAAAGAAGAGGAAAGCAGACCAGGAUUACUCUGUUCCUCCCAAACAAGUGAAAGGAGCACAAGCACUGUCAGAUCAGUGUCGGGAAGCCUGGCAAAACCUUGGUUCACCAGAGAAGAGCAAACCCACAUCUGCCAAGGAAAAUGCAACCAUGAACACUAGUGGGAAAGAGACGACUCCCUCUCUGCCAGUAGAGUGUAGAGAGGCAUUGCAAAACCUUGCCAACAGUACUCCUAAAGAUGGUAGGACAAAGAAGACACCCUCUCUGACUGAGGAAUGGCAUAACCCUACCGUUAUCACACCUGAAAUGAGCAAGCCAUCAUCUUUGAAGAAAGGGAGGAAUAACAGACAGUCUGACAAGUUGAAGACACCCCUGAAGGUAAGGUGGUCCUUCCCAAAGGCUCAACAGUCCUCAGACAUACCUGCUGUAGUCAGCCGUUCAGGUGGGUCCUGUGUGUCCAAGGAAGAUGCCAGGUAUGCUGUUACAGCAGUAACCAACCUCGUGGAUGCACUGGUGUCUUGGCCCAUCGAUGUAGAGUUGGACGUGGACAAGGAUAUGGACAAGAACAUCAAGAACACUCCAAGAGGGCCCAACAAUGUAGAGUUGGAUGUGGACAAGGAUGUGGACAAGAACAUCAAGAGCACUCCAAAAACUCCCAAGAGUACUCCAGACAAGCCCUCGUCUAGUAAAAGACGAAGACGACAGUCAGACCCCAGCCCCUCCAGGAGAGCUGCAGGACGGACACCUCAGACCCCAGCUUCUCUCAAACAGAGACGGGCUCCUGACUAUUUUGAGGAAUGUGAGGCCAUGGUACGAGCUGUUUUCGACCACCCAGAUGGCAAACUGUUCCAGCUGCCUGUUAAAGUCAAGGAGGUGCCUGACUACUAUGACAUUGUCAAAGAUCCCAUGGAUCUAGACUGUAUCAAGAAGAGGCUGCGAGAGCUGUACUACAUCAUCAUGCCUGACCAGUUCCUGGCUGACAUGAAGAAAGUCUUCAGAAACUGCCAUCUGUACAACAAACCGGAUUCUGAAGUUGGCCAGGCAGGUUGUCGUCUGGAGAGUUACUUUGUCCAGCUGCUGCAUCAGUACCUCCCAACUGUGUCCUACCAACCUGUCUACAAGGUUCCUGCAGCUGACCAGUCAACUCCAGUCAACAAACCAGUAGUACAGGGGGAGCCUGAGGAAUGCUGUCCUGCAGGAGGGUUUUCAUCUGUAGUUCAGCCAAACAUGGAGAAGGAAAAGCAUGUAUUCUGUGUUACAAGUGAAAAUGUACCAUCUGCUGCUGGUGAUGUGGCAACCCGUCCUGAAGAACAGAUCCCAGGUACCACUCAGCAGGAAGACUUUGUGGAGAAACGAUCAGUAGAACAACAGGGAAAGCUGGUAGGAUCUGAACCAGUGGAGGUACAGGAGAAUCCAGAUGCACAGGAAGUUGCUGACAUGUCCCAGCAUGCCAAUGGUGAUGCAUUCCAUGAUCCAGCUACUGCCCAGGGUUCACCCACAUCUGCCACCAUGUCAAAGAAUGAAGAAAUAUCUAUGCCUGCACCAGAGCAAGAGUCUUCUGAAAGGAACACUGCUUCUAUGAGGCUGGAAGAAGGCAUCAAUGCAUCAAUGUACUACAAGGAUGUACUACAAGGUACUGGCACUACGUCUGAUACAGAGUCUGCUGAAUCUGGCAGAAAUGAUGACAGCCUCCAGAUCUCAACUGACAAGCCUGCAGCACAAAGCAAGAAACGUAGAGAGAAGAAGGAUAACCCUUAUAAACAUACGCCUGAUGAAGACAUUGGUGACCUGGAACCCUGGUUGUCCUACAGAGGGGAGUUUGCUGUGAUCAGCAAUCCCAUGAGCACAGAUGCUGUUGAACAGGUCACAGAUUCUGCACCAGAACAUGUCAGUCUGCAACCACUCAGGUCCCUCUCCAGUCCCAGUCUCACCAUCGAUUCUAAUGAAGGGGAUGCAGUGAUGUGUCGAAACCGACAGAGGAGCAUCAGUGCCGCUCAAAACCUUCCAGUCAGACCCACCAAUCCUGCUCUUCCUAACGUGAAUAAUCGGCAUUGCCAAAUGACUUUGACGGCUCUGAGGUCACCCAACAAGAACCCAGUCAUUGCCAGUUGCCAGCCCCCCUCCCCACAUCAGGACCAGGUCACGGUGUCAAGUACCACCCUACAGGGCGGGGAUGCAGCAGGGUCUAAACCCAGCCACCACAAACCCUUUGGUCAGGGGGUGGCUCAGGUGGAUGUUGUGGGUGUUCUGGUGUCUGGAAAUUCCUCAGUAGCAAGUUUCCAAGAACAUGGUAUGGUAGAAGGACACAAGUCCUUAGGAAGCCCAUCAAGACAAGAUCCACUAGGUUCUGACAACAAGACUACUGUAGGUUUAACACAGAAAUGUCACAAAGAUGCUCACCUUCAGGAGUCUUCAACAAAGCCCAAGAGGUAUCAAAAAGCCAGAAAGUCUUACCCACAAAAUGUGCCACAUAAGAAGCAGGUCCAUUCAAAUUCAAAUCAGCCAAUCAGCAGUCAUCUUGUAUCAGGUGAUGAGCAGCAGCCAAUUGCAUCACAGCCAUUGUCAUCCUCAGCUGAGUCCACUGGUGCCGUGGAUUCUUCUGUUGUAAGAAAGGAUGCACCUGUAUUUCCUGGAAAGGGAAGAAGCCGGCGCACUGCAAGGAAGUCCAUCCGUAUGAAGGUGGUCAACAACCCUCACCUCCGAGACAUGGAUUCACCACAGUCCCAACAGUAGGGACCACAAGGGCCAGUGAACAUUAGGUCUCAGGCCUUGAAAGUUAUAUUUCUAUUAUUAUUUGUUGGAGAGACAGUUUCUGAAGUCUUCUACAUCCAUCAUGGUAUAUUAUAGAGACAGUUAAGAACAGAACUCAUGCUUAUCCACUGGGCUAGAU